AUGGCGGAGCAAAGACAAGAUAUGUACAUAGAAGGCGAGCUCGCGGGAGAUCAUUACAUGGAGGACCCGGAGCUUGAAGCCAUCAAGGCACGGGUGCAAGAGAUGGAGGAGGAGGAGCGGCUGAGAGCAGUGCAGUAUGAGGCGACAGAAAGCCAGAUCCAGUGUUCUCUUCUGUUCAAAACAGCAGGAAUGUUCUAUACAAUGACCCAUGAGGAAAGGAUAGAUGCUGACAACAGAUCUGUCUAUGUGGGGAAUGUGGAGUAUGGUGCCACUGCAGAUGAGUUGGAGAUCCAUUUCAAUGGCUGUGGUCCUGUCAACAGAGUAACCAUCCUUUGUGACAAAUUCUCUGGCCAUCCCAAGGGUUUUGCAUAUAUUGAGUUCCAUGACAGGGACUCAGUGCAGACUGCCAUGAGCCUGGAUGAGACCGUAUUCAGAGACCGAGUCAUAAAGGUAUUGCCUAAAAGGACCAACAUGCCAGGAAUCAGCACCACAGAUAGGGGGAUUCACAGAGGUGCUCGAUCCAGGGGACGAGGUUUCCACCCACCCAGAUACAAUGGGUAUCAACAAGGCAGGUUCCGAUACAACACUGGCCCCGCCAGGUCAGUCUCACCACACCCCUACGGGCCCCCAGCUGGGAAGAGACACUGGGGGGUUCCUGAGCACCGUGAGCAGGGCCCUAAACGGCACCCAUGUCUUCUCCUCAUAACCCCACCCACUGACCACUCGAGGCCAGGGCACACUGGACACAUGCACCCGCAGCAACACUACUGAAUCACACCUGGAUUCAAGUGAUUAAUAAACAUGGAA